AGGUUCCCUGCCAAGAUGGAUGUCGACCAGUCACUUAUCACUGAAGCUGACAAUUUCAUCUCUAAGCUAGACGAUUGCAGGAUAGAUAGUAGGAUACUAUUCAAGGACAGGCUGGUUACACUAUCGGAGAACACUGGAAAGGAGGUUGGAGAGCUCACCAUCUCAAUCGACAGUUCCACAUACAGCGGAAAAGAGUGUUACCUAGUACAAGCUAACAGCAAUGGAAUAGUUGAUACCAUUCCUGUGGGAACUAACAUCACAGCUUACGUGACUCCUAAGUUGGAGAGUUUGGAACACACGCAACACGAAUAUGUCAACAUCCCAGGUAACCCUCUAACCAAGAGGUCCGUGUUGAGCCAGACUGAUGACGGAUACCAGCUGGUUCUCACCACGACGGAGGGUGGCACUGAAACGGUCACCACCGAGGAGUUUACUAAAGACGAGAUGGCAAGGUUUAUAUCUGAAGGUGCUAACUUGGUGCUACAGAGGUUGAGUAUUAUACUCGGAGUACAUAGUCGUAUGAGCUUUAACGUCUUCUCCACGGAUAAUGCCCUUGCUAAUGUCAGCUACUCCCCUAUAGAGUCCCACUCAGUGUUGUUACAGAACGUUACUCUGGAAACCAUUGGAAUUGAGCGAUGUGUGGAUAAUAAAGACGAGAAUCCAACCACUUGGAAAAUAUACUUCCUCUCUGACGGCCACAUGUAUACCCGCGCUCAAGUCGGGUCACCAGUGUACAUGAAGAUUAAAGAUAUCCCAGAGAACUUCAUGAAAGAUGAAGACGCUGAUUGGAUGAUAUUGAGAUGUUUGUCACACUUUCUGGACAGAAAGGAAGAGUUGAAGGAGGACCAUGUCAACUACAUGAAGAGACAUCCUGAGCUCAAGGCCAUCCUCGGAGAUUUUUUACAGUUCCUGUUGAUGAGAAAGCCUAGUGAUGUGAUCGAAUUUGCAGCAGAUUUCUUCUCUUCCUAUUCUGCAACCGCAGAAAUGAAACCCUCGUUUGCCCACUCCAACUUCGUCAACCAGUCAGCUAUCCGAUCAGAAUAGAUUGUGGAUUAGCCAAUCAACCAUGUACAUAUUACUAAUAUUACUUACUCUAUUUGAAACAUCAAUCAUAAUUUCUACCAUAUUUGAAACAACUAUUUGAUCAACGAGUAAACAUUAUCUGCCUUCAUCUCCUCUGCUUUUCUUGAUUAUCUGAACACGAAUUGCAUGAAGAUAAGCUACUAGGACCCUACUGAAUUUAAAGUUCUGUUUCGCUCUUUGAAUUAGUCAUAAAUUUUGAUGUGAGUUGAACUUUCGUACAAGCUUAGAAUCAAUGAUAUGAUCAGUUUUUUGUAACUUCAUGUAUGAUUACAGAUACCAAAUGUGUAAUUGUUAAUGUAAGAUAAUUUUGUAAUUAAAUAUAGUAGAUGAAGCCGCCUGUCAUUUAAAAAACAUGAAUAUUCUGUUGCAUUUGUUAAUAAAUUUGGAUUUUCAUACGCUGUAAAUAUAACAUGAACAUUUCUCUUAUCAGUUAUUCUUAUGAACCUCCUGAAGUAUAAUGUUUGUAAAUAUUAUGAGA